AUGCCCCCUCUACCCACACAUCCCACAUGUACUAUACAACAUCCGACAUGUACCAGUAGUCCCUCCCUUCAACCCACCCCCACCCGGAAAAUUACCCACUUCGCUGGCUCAUCAUCGGCCUGCAUUCCCUUCUUCCUGGGCUCCCGGCUUCUCUUUGCUGUGUGCUGUACAUACAAGAGGUAG